UCGCAACCGCUUCGCUACACAAUCUUGAAACAAGCAGACAUGAGCCAACGCCAACUCGGUGAUAUUACAGAUAUCUGCUCAACACUCUUCGUGUCAAGAGCCGCGGCGAUCAUCUUACUCCGCCGCCGUGAUUGGAACGCAAUUACAUUAAAAAUCUCUUCAAUUCCAGUAGAAGAGUAGACACAGAGCAACUCUCCGUCGCUAUAAAUACCUAAUCAGGCAUCAGUGCCUCAUCCUCCUUCAUCCACCGUCCAUCCCAUCUUAUCUCGGGAUCACAUCGACUGCGGUGACUCCGUAGAGGGCUGAUCGUUCCGAAAGAAACGAUCUAUUUGUCGAAAUCAUCGCUAUCGGCGAAAGAAUAAAACGGAAGGAAUCAAAUAAAACAAUCUCUAGGGUUUCUGUAUACCAUGGACAAGAAACGCAACCGGAACGGCGACAACUACAUCGUCAUAAACAGCGAUGAAGAAUCAGAUCGAUCAGAACGUUUUGAAGAAGAAGAAGACGACGCAGUCGAUGAUGAAUUUGCUUUUGUCCAAGAAGACAGCAUCGACAGCACCGAUCACUACGAGUUCAGCGAAAGUACUGAUUCGUCUCAUAAUCCAUAUCAAAACUACGCCAUAUUGAAAGAGGAAGAUAUUCGCCAACUGCAGGAGGAAGAUAUCACAACAGUUUCUACUAUCCUUUCCAUACCGAAAUCCGCUGCAUGCUUCCUCCUCUCACACUUCAACUGGAGCGUCGGCAAAGUCAACGAGGAGUGGUUCGCCGACGAAGAUAGAGUCAGAGAGAAGGUAGGGUUGUUGAGGAAGCCCGUGGUUAGUUUCCAUCCCACAGAUUUGAUUACUUGCGGAAUAUGUUUUGAUGAUCAUCAGUAUGGAUCAAAGGAUGUUUUUUUCGCUGUUUGCGGUCAUCCCUUUUGUCGGGAUUGCUGGACAGGUUAUAUUAAAUCAGCGAUAGAUGAGGGUCCGGCGUGUUUGAUGGUGCUGAGAUGUCCCGAACCGUCUUGCAAGGCAGCGGUUGGACCGGAUUUAAUCGAGGGUUUGACGACAAGAGAAGAUCAUGAGAGGUAUAAGUACUUCCUUUUGAGAUCUUACGUUGAAGGGCGCAGGGAGAUCAAGUGGUGCCCUGCACCGGAUUGCAUGUACGCUGUGAAAUUCAAUGCAGGUGGAACCAAAAGCUAUGACGUUUCGUGCCUUUGCUUGUACGGGUUUUGCUGGAAUUGCAAUGAGGAAAUUCACCGUCCUGUGAACUGCAAGACUGUGGAAAAUUGGAUUUCGAAGAACAAGGACGACUCGAUGAAUGCGCAGUGGAUACUUGGGAAUACCAAGCCUUGCCCCAAGUGCAAGAAACCAAUCGAGAAGAACAACGGGUGUAAUCAUAUGACUUGCGCAAACCCUUGCAGGUAUGAAUUUUGCUGGUAUUGCCUCGAGAAUUAUACUGGACAUACAUGCUGCAAUGGAUAUAACAGGGCAACUGAUGAAUAUACGGGAACUGACCCGGACAAGGUUGAAGCUGGGAGGGAUAAAAAGAGGGCAAAGAGAUACGUGGAGAAAUACCUACAUUAUUAUGAACGAUGGGCAAACAAUCUGUCUUCGAAGAAAAAAGCAAUAGAGGAUUUACAUAAUGUGCAGAGCAAGGACAUUAUGAAGCUUGCCGCCAUACAAUGUCAAUCGGAGCUUCAGCUCAAGUUUAUCGUAGAGGCGUGGCGGCAGAUCAUUGAAUGUAGGCAGGUAUUGCGAUGGACGUAUGCAUACGGGUACUACAUUCCCGAGAAUGAAGAACUGAAGAUUCAGCUAUUCGAGUACUUGCAAGGCCACGCAGAGUUCAGCCUGGAGAGGCUUCACAAAUGUGCUGAGAGUGAGAUGAAAGAGUUUCUCUUUGCUAAAGGUCCGUUGGAAAGUUUCCGGGACUUUCGUAUAAAGCUCGUAAGACUGACAAAGGUGACUGCAAGUUAUUUUGAGAAGCUGGUUGGAGCGUUGGAGAAUGAUCUUUCUGAAUUGGACAUACAGGGGAUUCACAAGUCUUGAUCAUGUGACCAGUGUGCCACUUCUGAAUGCUUGUUCUCCAAUGUAACAUGGACCCUGGAGAGGUGUGUCAUGACUCCUGAGAAGGCGUUAACUAGCUCUCUGGUUUCCUCCCCCAUUUAUUUAUGAUCUAAUGGACUCCAAUUUAGAUGAUUUGUUAUGAGAUAGGUAACUUGUUUAGGAAGUUUCAUUUCGUUUCUUGUUCGGUAUGAAACCUUUUGUGUAGUAUAUUUCUUCUAAUCAAAUUCUGUUUGCCAUUGAUAAA